AUGGGUGAGACGAACAGUGGUAGCAAAAGCAGCAGAUGGUGUCUGCAGGGGAUGACAGCUCUGGUCACCGGUGGAUCCAAAGGAAUCGGAUAUGCUAUAGUUGAGGAGUUGGCAGAGCUUGGGGCCACCGUACACACUUGUUCUCGGAACCAAGCUGAACUCAGUGAAUCCUUGAAGGAGUGGACCACAAAAGGAUACAGAGUAACCGGUUCGGUCUGUGACGUGACCUCUCGUGUUAAUAGAGAAGAGCUGAUAGCGAGAGUCUCCUCUCAGUUCAAUGGAAAACUCAAUAUCCUUGUAAACAACGUGGGAACAAACAUACUGAAACAGACCCUGGAUUUCACAGCGGAAGAUUUCACAUUCCUAACAAAUACGAAUCUUGAAUCUUGUUUCCACUUAAGCCAGCUUGCACAUCCUCUCCUAAAAGCUUCAAAAGCUGCAAGUAUCAUUUUCAUAUCCUCCAUUGCUGGUUUUGUAGCUACCAACUUAGCAUCCGUUGUAUAUGGUGCAUCUAAAGGAGCAAUGAACCAAAUGACAAAAUAUCUUGCAUUUGAAUGGGCAAAAGACAACAUAAGGAGUAAUUGUAUUGCACCUGGGGUAAUCAGAACCCCUAACGGGGAAAAGUUGCAAGGAAUUAUCAGAACAUUUUUAAUUCAUAACAAGUUGGAGAAGGAACAGAAAAUCCCAGUGACAUGGGGUGGCAUGGGAUGGAGUGCAAAACUCAUUGUUAACCACUACAAGUUGAGGAGCAACAUCAAGAGCUACAACCUGGGCGACAUGGGAUGUAGUGCGAAACUCAUUUCUGUUGACCUAGCAAGGACCUUCUCAAAGCCAACCCAAACUCGUACGCCCUAG